CACCGGUCGCCAUCUUUGAAACAUCACGUUUUGCUCGGGAGCUGCUUUUCGACCGCUCACUUUAGCCAUAACAAGUUUCAUCCAAGCAGAACUGGUUAGAUUGUUGCGUCUGAACAUGGCAAACCGAAAUCCGAAGCAAACGGCCACGCAGAGUAAGAGUUCAUCUCAGCCGGUAAACGUCAACGUUGACUCUGCGGACAAAGAAAGCUCGGCCCCGCCUGCUCAGAAGCCUGCCGCGGCCGAACGGGCGGACGGGCCUUCAAAAAUGACGCUGGAUUUGAAGAGUUUUCGCAGGCCCGGAGAGAAGACGUUCACCCAGCGCUGCCGUCUUUUUGUCGGCAGUCUCACCCCCGAGGUUAAGGAGGAAGACUUCAGGAAGCUGUUCGCUAAAUACGGCAAAGCUAGCGAGGUUUUCGUCAACCCGGAGCGAGGAUUCGCCUUCAUUCGCCUGGAAACGCGUACCCUUGCAGAAAUUGCCAAAGCUGAGCUGGAUGGAACUAUUUUGAACAACAGAGCAAUCCAGGUCCGUUUUGCUACACAUGGCGCUGCGCUUACAGUGAGCAACUUGCUGCCCGCAGUGACGAAUGAACUGCUGGAAGAGGUGUUUUCCCAGUUUGGGCCAGUGGAACGGGCUAUUGUAAUCACAGAUGAUCGUGGUCGUCCCACUGGGAAAGGAAUCGUGGAGUUUGCAAACAAGCCGGUUGCACGUAAAGCCCUGGAGCGCUGUACUGAGGGGGCACUGCUGCUCACUACUACACCGUGUCCAGUUAUCGUGGAGCCUGCUGAGCAGUAUGACGACACUGAAGGAUUGCCUGAAAAAAUGCUACAAAAAACUGUAAAGUACCAUAAGGAGCGAGAGCAGCCACCACGUUUUGCCCAACCAGGUACCUUUGAGUUUGAAUUUUCAUCUCGUUGGAAAGCUCUGGAUGAGAUGGAGAAACAACAGAGAGAGCAGGUGGACAGAAACAUCAGGGAUGCCAAGAAGAAGCUGGAGACUGAGAUGGAGUCAGCCAAACACGAGCAUCAGCUCAUGUUAAUGAGACAAGAUCUGAUGAGACGCCAGGAGGAGCUGAGGAGAUUGGAGGAGCUUCGCAACCUUGAGCUACAGAGACGAAAGCAGUUAGAGAUGAGGUGGCGUUUUUAA